CCUCUCCGCCCUCUCGCUAGGUCCCGCCCGGCGUAGCCCAUCCAGCCGACCGACCAUGUCACAUACUGACUCCACCGACAAGGAGAAGGACAUCGAGAGCGGCCACAGCGGCGCAGGCCCUGUCCAGGAGGACGUGUACGAAGUCCGUUCUGCGGAGGUCGCCCCCGAAAACACUAUUGCGCGGCGCUUUGGCGCGCUCGGGCCCAUCCUCACCAAGCUCUUCAAUAGCGGUGUAGAAGCCCGUGGUGUCGAGCGCGUACCGGAGGACCAGCGGGAGACAAAAAAUGCGUGGAACAACUUGCUGAUGUGGUGGUCUGUCAAUAUGGUGCUUACCACCAUCCCUAUCGGCGUACUCGCGCAGUCGGUCUUCACCCUCACCCUUCCGCACGCUAUCGCGACCAUCAUGUGUUUCGGUGCUCUGGGUGGUAUCGCCACUGCCUUCAUUUCCUGUCUUGGACCCCAGACAGGUCUCCGCACCAUGGUCAUCACUCGAUUCAGCUCCGGCUACUUCGGCGGGACGAUCUAUUCGAUUCUCAACAUUCUAACCCAGCUCGGAUUCUCCGUAACCGCCGUCAUUCUCGGAGGCGAGACCCUUGCAUCCAUUAACCCCGGCACACUCCCGCUCGUCGUCGGCAUCAUCAUCAUCGGUCUCUGCUGUCUUGUCCCGUGCUUCAUCGGGUAUAACAUGGUCCACGUCUACGAGCGCUACGCGUGGAUGGUCACCUUUAUCAUCAUGCUCUUCCUUUGGGGCCUCGGAGGCAAAGCCGGCUUCGACCUCGACGCGCAGAAGCCACUCGAGGAUACGGGGAAGGCGUUGAGUGCGGACAUACUCAGUUUCGGAGGGAUUGUGUUUGGGUCUUUUAGCGGGUGGGCUCCCGUCGCGGCGGACUACAACUGUCGUCUCCCGUCCACCACGUCCCCCUGGCGCGUCUUCAUCCUCACCUUCUUCGGGCUUUGGCUCCCCAUCUGCUUCGUCGAGAUCCUUGGUGCCGCGCUCAUGACGAUCACGGACCCUGCGUACGUCGCCGCCUUCGGUGACACGGAGAACACGGGCGCGCUCGUCGCGCAGGUCCUCAGCCCGUGGGGUGGAUUCGGCAAGUUCGUGCUGGUGCUGCUCGCUAUGUCUGUUAUCGCGAAUAACAUUCCCAAUACCUACUCUGCCGGCCUUUCCAUGCAAGCACUCGGCCGCCCCUUUGCUAUGGUGCCGCGGUUCUUCUGGACAUUCCUCGCCUUCCUCAUCUACACUGUCGCCGGCGUUGCCGGACGCCAGCACUUCUCCGCCAUUCUCUCCAACUUCCUCUCUAUCCUCUCGUAUUGGACCGCGUUCUUCAUCGUCAUUGUCGCGGAGGAGCACUUCAUAUUUCGGAGGCGCGGCGGACCCCUCGGUGGGUAUAACUUGGAUGAUUACGAUACACCUUCAAAAUUGCCACUAGGCAUUGCGGGUAUUGUUGCGGGCUGCUUUGGCGUUGCCGGUGCUGUUGUCGGUAUGGCGGAGGUGUGGUAUAUCGGGCCGCUGGGUGCAAAAGCCGGGGCGGCAUAUGGUGCUGACCUCGGCUUUGAGCUUGCAGCUGCGUUCGCGGCUGUGACGUAUUUCCCACUGCGUACUCUCGAGAUUCGGCUAGUGGGUCGGUGAUCAUUAGUGUGAUUGUGUUGUAGUUUUGGCUGCUUUAUUUGGUCAUGUUGCUAUCUAAUAAUCUUAUACCGUCUGUAAGGG